GUUUUACAAAAGGAAUUAACUUGGGUUGAACGAGACUUUUCGAUAACUACCAUCAACAACAUGGCGGCUACCGACGUGAUGCUUCAGCGAGCAGUUGAUCUUCGAAAAACUAAUAAGAUUCAUGCCUCAGAGCUUCUGUCAAAAAUUGUCAAACAGGAAGUAAAAACAUUGGAUGAUGAGGCAAUUAGAAUCAAAGAGCAAGCCAUUCUGGAGAUUGGCAAUCUCUUUGCAGAGACAAAACAAGCUACAGAAUUGGCAGGGCUGAUCAAGUUUGUGCGUCCAUUUCUUGGCAUGGUCAGCAAAGCUAAGGCUGCUAAGCUGGUGCGUUCCCUUGUCGACAUGUUCCUUGAUAUGGAAGCUGGCACUGGCAAAGAGAUUGAAUUGUGCAAGGAAUGUAUUGCCUGGGCGCAAGAUGAAAACAGAACAUUUUUGCGUCAGGCAUUAGAGGCUCGUCUUGUUUCCCUGUACUUCGAUACCCAAAAUUAUCAGGAGGCAUUGGCUCUUGGAUCCAGUUUGUUACGUGAACUGAAGAAAUUGGACGACAAAGCACUGCUCGUGGAAGUUCAGUUACUUGAAAGCAAAGUUUACCAUGCUCUAGGAAACCUUCCGAAAGCCAGGGCUGCACUUACAUCAGGCCGAACUACAGCAAAUGGUAUUUACUGUCCACCCAAGUUACAGGCAGCUCUUGACAUGCAGUCAGGUGUACUCCAUGCAGCAGAUGAGCGAGAUUUUAAAACUGCAUACUCAUAUUUCUAUGAGGCUUUCGAGGGCUAUGACUCAAUAGACAGCCCUAAAGCAGUGACAGCUCUUAAGUACAUGCUGAUGUGUAAAAUUAUGCUGAACCUGGCUGAUGAGGUCCACGCCAUUGUGAGUGGUAAGCUAGCCUUAAAGUACACAGGACCAGAGGUGGAAGCCAUGAAGAGCAUUGCACAAGCUAGCCACAAGCGCUCUCUUGCUGACUUUCAGAAGACUCUUUCCACCUAUAAAAACCAGCUAGCUGAGGAUCCCAUUGUUAAUGCCCAUUUGAAGACACUUUAUGACAACCUGCUGGAACAGAAUCUGUGCCGCAUUAUCGAGCCCUUCUCCAAGGUCCAGGUGCAACAUAUUGCAAAUCUGAUCAAGCUGCCUAUGGAUGCAGUGGAAAAGAAAUUGUCACAGAUGAUACUUGAUAAGAAAUUUCAUGGAAUUCUUGACCAAGGAGCUGGUGUUCUGAUUGUUUUUGAAGAAGUGGCAGCUGACAAGACAUAUGAAAAUGCCUUGGAGACUAUACACAGCAUGGGAAAAGUUGUGGAUGCGCUCUAUGCCAAAGCCAAGAAAUUAACGUAACAACCAGCCACCCUUUCUUAGCAUAAACCCAAACAUCUUAUUUUUCAAGCCUUUUUGUGACUGUUUCUUACCCAUGAUGAUGGUUACAGGAACUUGGAGUAAAAGCAUUCUGGUGGCUGUUUUUGGGCUAGCCAUUUACCUCCCCUACAUACAUUGAACAUGUGACCAGGGAAGUUGAAUAGGUUUCAAAGUUUGAUAUUUGAGUGCAAAAGAGGCAUCUUUCAGGGACAUUAACUCAAGUUUCCUUCACUUUCUUCCAACACCAAUCUAUCAACGUAUAUAUGUGCAUUCUUUCGUGCUGCACACCAACAUAUAUCCCCCAUUCCCCACACACACACACGCCCAUGAGUAAGCAUGCAUACACUACAAAGGCAAUACUUUUGCUGUCAGCUAUGUGUAUUUAUGUGUUGGUAAACUUGAGAUUGUGUGGGCAUGCGUGUGUGUUUGUGCAUGUUUAGAUGUGUGUUUAAAUACUACCUAUGGUUUAAUGCAUGUUUUUGAGCUUUCAUGCUUGCACACACCCCUUCCCUAUCUCAAAUACAUGUGUGCAUACACAUACAAAAAUGCACGUAGACAAACAAACACACACAAAAAAAAUCAUGCUUUUGUAAAGGUGCAGGUGGAUGGUUUUUCAGACAUAAAAUGUACAGUUUGCUAUAGUACCUGUGUACUGGUGUAGCUCAGAAGUAAUGUUUUUAAGGUACUUCAUAAUUGUUAAUCAUCUGAAACUUGAAGUUUUGAAUCCAUGUUCUUUAAUCCCUUCCAAUGUUGUGCCUACUGAUAUAGGUGGAUUUUAUUCCGUGUCCUUUGAUAAACCAAAACAAAAAAAAAGUUGCAUUUCAGGAUAAAGACUACAAUCUAGUCUGUCUUUUUGCCUUCCCAUUUUCCUCAGUAACAGUUUGGUUAGGCUGCCUUUUUCAGAGGCAACAGUUGUCCUCCUCCAUUUAUUGUAUGAGAUAAUCAUAUAAAGUUGUCUUUAAAUUUAACUGCUUUUUUCCCCAGAAUCUAUAUGUGCAUGCAUCUAUGCACCAUUUAUUUUCCUUGACAACGUGUAGAACCUUAAGAAAAUGUUCAAAUAUGGAGUAUGAUGAGAGAUUUUAGUUGGGUUUUUUUGGUUUGUUUUUUUUUUUUUUUUGGGUGGGGGACUGGGGGGUCAGCAAGAAUAUAAGCAAAGUUCUUAAUUUAAAUUUUGAUAUUUUGCCAGGAAAAUGUGCUAUAAUUAAAAAUCUUUAUUUAAAAAAAUAUUUGGCUGAACAAAAUUUGUUCCAGAAAAUUUGUUUCUGGUGUUUUUGAAAAUAGCAAAUUCUGUAGCAGCAAAUAUUAUCCAUUUGUCUGCUUAAGAUCCCUCAAAGUAAUUUUUUUUAAUUAUUUUUUUUAAGAUGGUGUGGAAACCAAUAAAGGUUGUAUAGAACACAUGAAGUAGACAUCAUCCAAAUGACAAACAGGGUGAUGUAUCAUUUUGUAAAGUAGAAAUCUUUGUCAUCUAAUUUUAAUGUGUUAUUACAGUAGAACUGUCAGAUUAGAUAUCAAGAAAAUGAUACCAUGUUUCAUGUGGGUUUUUUUAUGUUAGCACACACAUCUUGUUUGUAAGCAUAUCUUAUGUUCUUUUGUCAUUGUAUAUACUAAUAGCUUCCAGAGACAGCUCUGGGAAUAAAGUUUAUUACUUGGACAGUUUACAGUUUAUUGUUUUGAACAGCUCUUGGUUAUCUGUUAUGGUCUGUCUUUUUACUGACCACCCUUGCAGAGGGUGACUGGCAAGCCAGCAGGGCUGAUGAUGUAGAGAUGCUUGCUGCUGAUGUAUUAGAGUGUGAUUUGAAAAGGUCUUAUCAAUGCCUCCACUCUCUUUAUUACUCCAUAAAGACUGUGAGGACAAUGAUAGCAUGGUGACCUUUUAUGUUCAUCUUGGCAAUAUGAAAAAUAUGGAAAUACCUUGUAUAACAGCCCCUUUCUUUAUUUCUCAGACCUUGUUACAGUCUGUCAUUUCCCCAGUAGUGGUGAUUAGUAUCUGAGUAUCGGAUUAGCAUCUGUUAAAAUAUCUAAUCACUACACUUGAAAUAGAUUUGCUUCACUCUGCAUAACAAUAAACUUGAUAAAAUUAAGUGAAAACAUGAUUAUUGAAAAGAUUAUGAUUCUUAGAAGAGAUUUAGUCCCAAUCUGUUUGUCCCUCUUCUUUGAAGGGAUUACUUGAGCUUACAGUACUUAAUUUUCUUGAUUGCUGGGUGAGUUUUAAAAUUGAUGUGGGCUGUUUUUGGAGAUAACUUGAACAAAAUCUUUCCUCUGCAUGCCAAGUUUUUACUCAUUAUAAUGGUUUUUUUUUCAUUCUUUAGAUUUGUCUUUGCUUUUCCUUUAUUCGUUAAUUUUAUUUAAACAUAAGUAUUUCUUUCAUGGGUAAAAUUAAACUGCAGAUGCUGGACUCCAGCUUUUCAGUUGUUAUCAAUACUAGAUCUUCACUUAUUAGAAUAAGUAGAAUAAAAUUAGAAUAAAAUAGGAGAUUUGAUUCAAAAUUUGAGCUGAGGCUUAUAUUGUGUUUGAGACUGGGCUAGUAAAGCAGUAUACAACCGCUUCCCUCACUACAUCAGUUGCAUUAAAAUGUAAAUGAAAGUGAUUAUCAUUAAGACAGUUCUGAUAAUAUUUUGAACUGAGCCAACAGGGUUCUAGUAGCUUAAACUGAAGUGGUAAACUGGUGGGGUAGGGCUAGAUAUGUUGGUGGUAUUUUACAUCACCUACUAAGGAAAACUAUGUGGUGGUACUGCUCUGUAAACCGGUAGCACAUCCAGUAUGUAUGCCAGAGGAAAGUUCUGAACUAAAAGCCCAUAAUUUUUCUGUCUUGGUAGCUUUAUUGCUGCAUCACUUAGUGUCCAUGAACUGGGGGCCAAAAGAGUUAAAGGGGGAAGAUCAAUGGUUUCAAAGGAGGAGGAUAAACUGCAGGUUAUCGGUAUACAUUGUUUUUGUUGCAUUUCAAGCUUUUAAAAGCAAAAUACAAGCAAAGGAAUUAUAAUUCAAGGACUAAGCUUGUACAGGUUGGCACAAAAAAUUUUUUUUUUUUAUGACAGAAAGGUAUGAGAUGAUGACAUGGUGAAAGGAAAGCUAAAGCUUUAUACUUUAGGGGGGAAAAGUAGCACUUGCUAGAGCUUUUGACAAUUAGAGCUGAUUUAUGCCUGCUGUGGCAACAUGUUCUCCCCUUGUUAAGAGCUAAGUUUUCAUGACAAAAGUUAAAAAUGUUUUUGGAACAUUUUUAGGGGCAAAAAUAGCAUGAGAGCUGUGAAAAAUAAGUUCUGGACAUUAUUGUUUAUACUACAGUAAGAGUGGAAGGAUGAACUGUCUGUUUGCCAUACUGAUCAUGCAUGCAGUCAUCUGAGCUCAAGCAGCUGCCCUUUGCAUAUUUGUAUAUUUGAUGAACAAAACCACUUGCAUGAAACAGUUGUUACACCACAAAAUAAUUGUUUCAGUUUGCGUAAUUAUCUAGCUUCAAGACAAAAUUUAAAUCUGAAGACUACAACAAUGCUUUGGCAUUUUGUGUGUUAAUUUUUAAAGGAAUAACUGGAUACAAUCUCUAAAGACAGUUUGGGGUUUUUUUUUGGGGGGAGGGGUUGCCUGGAGAAGAAUUUACUGAGUUGUUCAUGGAUGUGUCUUCUAAUUUUAUAAGUAUAGCCAGGAAGACAUUAAAAUGACUCGGGUGUAGUAUUAUGUUGAAUUAUGCAUAUAAAUUCCCUUUGAAUAUUUAAUGAUAUUUUAAGCAACUGGCAUGUAUUUUUGAGGUAGGUUUGGCCUAUGUUUAUUAAUACUUGAAUUGUUGAUCAUAUGCUCUGUCAGUUGAUUACCAUGUGCAGCCAUUGUACAUUGCCCAUUAAAGGAGAGGUUUUUCAAA